CUCCAGAGGGAGUCGCACGCACACACACACACACACCAUCAUCCUCGCUUCGCUCCGCUCGCAUGGUCGCAUCCGCAUCCACUUGAUCUGCUGCUCGCAUUCCUGCUCUGCCUCCCAUUGGCUGCCCUCAACUUGUCAGGCAAGAGUGAGGCAAGCCUCCACUUGAGCAAGCGCACCCCCAUUCGGCAUCGCGCCUCCGCCACCCGCUUGGGGCGGAAAUGGCGGCCGUCACUCACGCAGCAGUCUCUGGGUCGGGAAGCGGUGGCGCGGGUGGUGGUGGUGGUGGUGGUGCUGGCAGCGGGAGCUCUUCCGAUCAUCGAGUAGGCCCUUAUGAGAUUCUCAAGGAGAUUGGAAAAGGUUCGUUUGCAGUGGUGCACAAGGGUUUGGUCAGACCGCCCGAUGCACCACGCGCAAGGGAUCUGGCCAUCAAGAUUGUCAGCAGGCGCAAGUUGACCACCAAGCUGCUGGAGAAUCUGGAAGGGGAGAUUAGCAUCAUGAGGAACAUUAGACAUCGGCAUGUCGUCGAGCUGCUCGACUGUCUCAGCACCGACGACAGGAUAUACCUCGUCAUGCCCUUUUGCUCGGGCGGGGAUCUCAGCUUUUACAUUCGCAACGCUCCAAAGGCGUUAGCUGAGCAGCAAGCGCUAGCAUCCGCAGCGACGGCAGAAGCAAGGAAGACUAGGAGGAGCACUUCGAUCGACAGGAGCGCUGCGACCGCCGAGAUGGAGUACAGGCACCACGAGGAUGGAGGACUGAACCACGUCGUGAUCAGAAGCUUUUUGGAACAGUUGGCGGGCGCACUCGAAUUCAUGCGCGAUCGCAACAUUGUGCAUAGAGACAUCAAACCUCAGAACCUGCUCUUGCAGCCCGCCGAUGAAGAAUUCUUGGCCGCUGGUCACAAGCCUGGCAUUCCACAGCUCAAAGUCGCAGACUUUGGCUUUGCCCGCAAUCUCCCCACAGCGACCCUGGCAGAGACGCUAUGUGGAAGCCCGCUCUACAUGGCGCCUGAGAUUCUUCGAUACGAAAAGUACGAUGCCAAGGCGGACUUGUGGUCGGUAGGAGCGGUGCUGUACGAAAUGUGCGUGGGCAAGCCGCCUUUCAGAGCGCAGAAUCCGGUGGAGCUGCUGCGCAAGAUUGAGCGAGGCGAAGAUCGCAUACGUUUUCCCGAUGAGCGCUCGGAUGGCUCCUUGGCGCGCGAGAGGGAGAGAAGGGAAGAGCUUGGCGAGACGAAUGUGGAUGUGAAGCGCGCUCAUUCAAUCCCGGCGGACAUCAAGGCGCUGGUGAGGUGCCUCUUGAGGCAAAAGCCGAUGGAGCGCGUAUCUUUCGACGGGUUGUUCAGAUGCGAUGUGAUCGAAGGCGUCAGAGAAGAGAUGCGCCAAGUCGUGGCUGCUGCUGCUGCCGCUGCCACGGCAAAGAGGGCUUUGGCAGAUCAAGCCACGACCUCCGCAGGAGCCACUUCUGAGUCCUCCAAUGCCAAGCUCAUACCUGCAGCUCCAGAGGAGAUGGCGCCGUCGCUUCCGAAAGCAGCACGUAUACCGUCCUCAAAGGUGAAUGUUUCGCCUCCCACCCCCAUCAAGCGAGGCUUUGCCAGCAAGUAUGUUCUGGCCGGGAAUCACGCAUACCGUACGAAUGCGGUGGAGACAAAAGCCAAAAUGGCGCAGCCGAGCAUCGCAGCGCCAACCUCUUCAGGUAUGGAAGACAAUGCAAGCGACACGCCUGGCUCGAGCGUCAGCAACUUUCCCAUCCACGCAGCUACAGCCAAGGCAUCCAGCUCAGACUCGCCGGGAACGGGCGCUUCGACUCCGCUUGAUCUUGCUGGUUCGGCAACUCAGCCCUCGCCUGGUGACAGCGGACUGCUGGGCAAGGAUGCGUACGUGAUCGUGGAGAAGCGCAACAUCGAGACCAACUCGGACGGGAGCGUCGGCGCAGGACUACUAGGCGUGGGGCGAAGACCAUCCAGGUUGGGUAGACUCAGCAGCGGUAUAGCAGCUCAACUCCUUCCUUCCGCAGCUGCAGUCACAGCAACAGCCACAGCCGCGCCAUUCUCGGCAGCCAAGACUACUGAUGAAUCUGCACAGCGCGCUCGCAUUUCCCCUCCAAACAGAUCAUCGCCCACCGCAGUAGAGGGCGCAGCGCCCAGCUCGCCAGCUGGCGGAGCUUUUGCUCUUCCCUCGGGCACUGUGCGGCGUCCUAGCUUGAGCCAUCGCCAGAGCACCUCCAGCGCUACCAGUCCCAGUCCUCGCUCACUGCCUGCUGUCGGCGGCGCCCCAGCAGCUGCAGCUCAAAGUGGUGUCGCUUCAACAAUCCCUGCUCCUGACCCCGCAGCGCCACAGACCGCGCCGGCUGCGAUCUCGACGACGACAACAGCUGCGAACCCGCAGUCUGCUUUGGCGCGCGCGAUCAGCAUGGCGAGCGUGAGGCUGUUUGGCAUUCCUACUGGGAUGAACAUGCGAGGAGCAGCUGCCUUGGCUAGGAAUCGGAGCACAAGACGAGCAGCGCUCAUGAGAUCGGGCGAACAUUUGGACGGUGCGGAAGCGGGCUUGCUAGCGAUGCUCGAAGAUCUUUCGCAAAAGUCGUUUGUGCUCAGCGAAUUUGCGGACUCCAGACUGGCACUUCACUUUCCAAGUGGACCUCAUCAGGCCGGCUUGAAUGGAGAAGCUGCGAAGGACUCUGCUCUGGGCUCCUCGAGCGUCUCCACGGCUGUCAACAAGUCCACUCGGCCAUCGACGGCUUUGAGGAGGAGCAGCUCUACCAAGGCCUCCCCUGGCGCUCCUGCCGCCAGCUACUCUCCAACUUCUCCUCAAUCUCAGACUAUUGGACUACCUUCAUCGGCAGGAGAGACGGUUGCUGCGGAGGCGCUGCUGCUGUAUGUGCGUAGCUUGAGCUUUUUGCAACGAGGUCUGGAUGCCGUCAAAAUUUUUUGGGAGGCUCGUUCGCGUCCUGGCUACCCCGCCGCAGUAAGUUCGGACGUCAAUGAAGCUGUGCAAUUUUUGCGCGCACGCUUCAACGACGGCUACGAGAGGGCCGACUUUGCGAGGGCUCGGUGCAGCGCGGAAAUACCGGAUUCGGCGCGAAAUGUGGACAAGCUGAUCUUCGACAAGGCGCUCGAUAUCGCCAGAUGCGCCGCGCUGGACGAGUUGGAGAACAAUCACGGACGCGCAGCAGCAGCAGCAGGCUCCGCUUUCGAGGCGCAGAGGUGCAUACUGGCCUACGAGACCGCCAGCGGAUUGUUAAGCGGUUUGCUGGACUCUCCCAACGAAAAGGAGGAGGGGGAGGAGGAGUCGGCAGCGGCGGCGGCGGUAGCGGCCGUCGUGCUUGGAAGCAAUGCCGAGCUGGGAGAUGCUGCUAUCGCUACGAUUGAAAAGUUUUUGGCUUCUAUCAAUAAGCGAUUGGCAGCCCUGCAGCGGUCUGCUGUCGAGAUGCCCUCAUCGCAGGAGUGAGGUGUGCCGCGGCAGCUCGUGCAUCUGUCGCUCUCACGCCCACUUUGAGAUUCUUUCACCGUGCCUCUCUAUAUCUCCCCUCUUUCUUCCCCCCCUUCGCCAUCCUCAAUGUAUCUCGCACGCAUCUGUUGACCCCCCCCUGAUCCAUCAAUCUGCAAAUUCGCAAUCUUUUGUAAGAGUAACACUACCUAGGCUUUCCCCCCGUGCCAUGUCAUCCCUUCUCCUUCGCCUCGCCUUCGUGCCAUGC